AAUCUCUUUCCUCCAACGGCUUUAAAUCCGACGUGGCACUCACGACUACAUCAAAACCCUAUCCCCAAUUCACUCUCAGUCAGUCCAAGCAAGCGAAGCAACAAUGGCCGCCGCUUCCCUCACCCUCUCCCUCUCGAUCAUCGCCCUCCUCUUCGCCGCCAUUUCCGCCACCAACAUCACCGAAAUCCUCUCCGGCUACUCCGAAUACAGCGAGUUCAACGACCUCCUGACCAAGACCAAACUCGCCGACGAGAUCAACAGCCGCGAGCCCGUGACCGUGUGCGCCCUCCCCAACGGCGCCCUCUCCCCCAUCACCUCCAAACACCCCCUCAGCGUCGUCAAAAACGUCCUCGCCCUCCACAUCCUCCUCGACUACUUCGACGGCCCCAAACUCCACAAAAUCUCCGAAGGCUCCGUCCUCUCCACCACCCUCUACCAGACCACCGGCAAUGCCGCCGGCCAGCUCGGCUUCGUCAACAUCACCGAUGUCAAAGGCGGCAAGGUCGCCUUCGGAUCCGGCCUCCCCGGCUCCCCCCUCGACUCCACUUUCACCAAAUCCGUCGAACAAUUCCCCUACAACCUCUCAAUCAUCGAGAUCAGCCACCCAAUCGCCCCCGCCGCCGUCCUCUCCGCCGCCGCCCCCUCCGACGUCAACAUCACCGCGCUCGUCGACAAGGCAGGCUGCAAGACGUUCGCCUCUCUCAUCGUCUCAACCGGAGUGGUCAAAGUUUUCGCCUCCGCCGCGGCCAAGGGUUUGACCGUCUUUGCCCCCAACGAUGAGGCGUUUAAGGCCGCCGACGCGCCGGAUCUGAGCAAGCUCACCAAUGCGGAGGUCGUUUCUCUCCUCCAGUACCACGCGCUCGCCGCCUACAGCCCCGUCGGCACUCUCAAGCAGACCAAAGGCAGGAUCUCCACGCUCGCCACCAAUGGCGCCGCGAAAUACGACCUCGGCGUCAAAACCGCCGGCGAUUCGGUCAGUCUCAUCACCGGAGUCGACGAUUCCAGGAUUGCUUCCACCGUCAUUGAUUCCACUCCUCUCUGCAUUUUCACCGUCGACAGUUUGCUCCUCCCCGUCGAGCUCUUCGGGAAAGCUCCUUCUCCGGCGCCGGGACCGGCGCCGGAGACAUCUCCAUCUCCUUCUCCGGCGGAGGCUCCUACCCCUGCCUCUUCCCCGGAGCCUGCCGCCGCGCCGUCGCCGUUCAAGUCUCCACCGGCGCCGCCGACGAGCUCGCCUGACGGAGCGCCGUCGGAAGGACCGACGGCGGACUCGCAGAACAGCUCCUCCGACAACUCCGGCGCCUCGUUUGAAGCUCCGGCGGUGGUGAAGGUGCUGUUGCUCACAGUGGCAGUUUCGGUAUUUGGUAGCAUUUUGACGUCCUAAAUCGUCAUUUUCUUUCCUGGUUUGUUAUUUUCUUUUAAUUUAUUUCUUUUACUUUUUUUGUGUGUAUUUCCGAUUUCGAGUUGUUUGUGGAGGAAACGCUUUUUUAGUAUUUUUGUAUUUUAUUUAUUUUCGCUUUCUUUGUGUAAUUGUUGUGUUUGUUUAGCAUAUUUUAUGGAGACGGAGACACUGAAUUCAAGUGAUUUAUAUUUUCCCCUUUUCUUAA